AACCGUCGUUUCAGAAACCCCAAAACCGAAAAUGGUGAAGAAGCAAAAGAUCGAUGUAGAAGUUGAUCCGGUGGUGGUAACUGAUGAUGAAUCGGACUCUGAUAUGGAUCUGGAACCACGUCCGGGUCUCAAGACGCCUUCUCCUGAGCAGGUGAUGGAUGUUGAAGUAUAUACUCAGCAAUGGAGAGAGCAGACUGCCUGGAAUGCAGAAGAAGCUCUGAAGUACUACAAGGAGACCCACCAGGUCACUUCCGCCUCUGCCUUGCCGGAGAGCAGCCCUCCCACUCCUAAGAUGGUUGUUGUCAAUAAUGAUGAUGGCUCCUCCUCCUCCUCCUCUUCCUCCCCCGUGGAAAGCAGCCCUCCAACUCCUGUUGCUGAGGAGUUGUUCUUUGCCGAGACAGCCAUGUACUCGGGCGAUGGGUUGAAGCUCACUGUUCAUUCGUGUAUCAUCAUCGAUCCUUCUGGACCUGUUCUUCCCAGCAUAGGUUGCUUCUAUUGUUCGAAGUCCCUCAAGCAUCCUUUCUACCAUCCUCCCGAGGAGCAGUUAGUGUUUGGUAAGCGUGAUUGCGACAAAGGUAUCAAAUACGACGACGACUGGACUGACUCGGAUGACGAACCUGCUGUACCCCGUUAGGUUCCUCGGCAGUUGAAAUAUUUAGAUUGUGUCCGCUUUUACCAUUUUACUUGGUUGGUAGGUCAUAUAUUUUCAAGGUCUUGAUAUUGACUGCUUUUACCAUUUUAUUGUCUCUAACUUUUUUAUUAAUUAUAUAUUUUUUUAUAUAAUUUGCUUUUUGAGAAGUUUAAGACAUACUUGUGGACCAAAAUCAUUUUGUUAGCUAUGUCUAUCAUGAAAGAAAUUAUUAUUUCACCUUUAGUAUACAUCUAACUGAUAAAUCUUUAACUAUCUUCUUAUUCAUUUUCAUGUUAAUUUUUUGGUAAACGUAUCUUUUCUUUCUAUUGCUACUCUAUUUAAUUUGUUGGUGGAUUGAUACACAAUGAUAUUCGUUUUGAUAUUGAUUCAAAAAAUCCAAAACUGAGACCGCGUAUCUUUCUUCAAAACAAUCCAGUUGCCUUCCAUUCUGAGAAGCUUUUUGGCAGAAAAUCUGGUGGUGAAGACAUUCCCAUUAGGCUCUUUGGCCUUUAUCCUUACCCUUGCGUUCAGUACAUGUAGAGGGAUGAAAUAACAGAUUAAGUCUCUCAGAUAGACACGGGAAGCUGGCGCUCUCCAUUCGAGGUCCGACAGCACAGCGAAAUAGGCAUCGGAUUUCGGAUCAUGAAACCUCAGUCGAGUUCCAAGAGGAACGGGGAGGAUCGCGUCCGGGACAGCGCCGACCAGUGCGCCGGGGAUCUCGGCGGGGUCAGCACCAACUAGUGCACAAUAAAUGAUAUUGUUGCUUAAUUUAAAUAGCACAUACAAAUUUUUUCACAUAUAGAUAUUUUUUUUAGGGAAACCAAUAUAAUCAGUUAGUAGCAUGUUACUGUAUUCUUAAUUCCUAUAACUCUCUUUAUGUCCAUCCCACAAACAAAAAUUUGCUAAUCCGACCGCAAUAUGUAUUGGAUGAUUUUUGUUAGCAUAUAUAUGAUAGUGGGAACUAAGAAAACAAAUUCUUAAUAACAUUGUUU